AUGCUGCCGAGCGUCCACGCCCGCCUCCUCUCGCCCGUGGCUGGCACUGCGGGUCUUCCCGAUGCGACGCUGGCCGACUCGCAGCCGGAGCUGUGGGAGAUCAACGAGCUCGCGGUGUCUGAUCUGGCCUGCGCUCAGCCGCAGUUUGUCAUUCCACUGCCGCGCUUGGACAUUGGGUGGCUGGUGCUCACUGCGCUUGCACCGGACGUUUUCCAUCCGCCUCUCCCGCUCGCCUCGAUUGUGGUGCCUGUCACUCCCAUGGCUUCCAGGGUGCUCCCGGCUGCGUUGGCAGUCGAUGCCGUGGCGCUGGCCAGCAAGAGCUUGCCGGCCAACGUUGCUGCUGCGCUCAACACUGUCCACUCGGACGCGCUGCUCGCCAGCCCGCAUGGGGUCUGGGCCUGGUCCUCGGUCGCCGAGCCGGAGCUGGUGGUCGCCUUUCCACAGCUACCGGGCCGUCACGCCGGGUCGCUGGGCGGGGUGGCGACUUCGACCGCUGUCGGAGCAUGGGCGGCCGUCACCGUCUGCCGCGUCACUCCGCCGGGCCCACUCCGCUUGGACAUCCAUCCUGUUCCGCGGGCCGACGACGCUCUGUUUCUCGCCACAACGCCCGGCACGCUCUACGCAUUCAACUUUACAUCGGGUGCGUGGACGACGCUCACGUUUCCCGCGUCUUCGGGCGGCGCGGUCGUGUCUGCGCUCUACCCGGCGCGCUCGCUUCCGUGGCACUCGCCAGACUCUGGCACCGUGUAUGGCAUUGCCAACGCCACCGCGGUCUUUCGGGUGGCGGCGGGGAGCAUUACCGUCCUGCCGCCGCUGCCGGGCGCUGUGGCUCAGGUGGGUCAUCCGAUUGGGCGCGGCGACGAGCCGGUGGCGCUCCUGGACUCGGGGAGCGUGUGCUUGUGGAAGCCUUCGGCGCAACGCUGGGCGGUCUCAGCGGCGCCGAUGCCCACGGCGACAUGGCGGGGCCUGGUGCUGUCGGCGACCGACCCGUCGGCUGCGGCGGCGUGGGCGCCGGACCGGAUUGCGGUUGUCCUCUUUAGUGCCGGCUUGAACCAGCCGCCGUUGCUUGUCGAGCGAGCGACAAGCGCGACCGCGCUCUUUGGCGAGACCAUUCAAGCGCUGCUGAUCGCUGACGACCAGCUGCUCGGGCAGGGAGCAAGCGGCGCUUGGCACGUCGCCCGCCUCUCUGCGCUGGAGAGCCCGGCUGCGCUGCUGUCGCAGGUCUCCGGUGUUCCGCUUGUUUAUCCGCUCGUGCCGCCGCUUGUCGGAUGGAUGAGUGCAAACGUGAGCUCCAACGGCACGCUGGCGGCGUUGGCUCGCCAAGGCGCUUCAAGCGAUAUGACAUGUGCCGCAGUGUCUGCCACAGUGAGCGUCGACGAGCUCAGCAGUGGAAACCGGCGGCGGACUCUGCUCCGCGGCGGUGGCGCGUCUUUGGCAGCGUUUGCCGAUGGCGACCUGCCAGAACACUCGCCGCUAUAUCUUGACUACGGGGAGAGACUCACGCUUCGGCUCCGCACUAUGCUCACCGAGGCCGGUGCGGCGGCGGUAGCGACCCUCGGCACGAACGCGUCGCCGUUUGCGGUGGCCAUCUCGCGUCAGGACGACGGCGAUCACCCGCGGCUGUUGGUUGAGCCGACGGUGGUCGAGCGGCCCAACGCGACGUCACAGAUGCUCGAGCUCCAGAUUGUUGUGCGCGAGCCCGGGCGGAGUGCAGGCUAUCCGCCGAUUCAGUACGGGUCGGGCGAGUCGCUGACGGCGACGCACGUUGAAGUUGCGCUCGAUGUGCCAGGGGUAGGCGGUGGGCCUGGGUGCUCGCUGAGCCGGGUCGGCGCCUCGGUUGACAUGCUCGUGGGCUGCGCGCCAGGCCUCUCGCUGCAGCUCAGCGAGAGCGAGACGUUUUCCCAGAGCGAGGGCUGUCGUGAGAGCGACCCGUACCCGUGCCUCUUCUUCGAGUCUGUGUUUAGGCCUGUCAUCAACGUGGUCGACGCAGUGGCCGGGACCUCGUGGCCGUACAUCGGGCGGAUGUACUUUCGGGUGGUGGGCGGCGGCCUGACGCCUGACAGCAUCAGCCGGUUCAACGCAGACGAGGUGCUCGACAACAACCUGCACGGCUCAACAAUGUGGACGUUUGACUCUGAUGGGUCGGGUGCGUCGUCGUCGGACCCCGUCAUCUCCUCGUCGGCGAACGGUAUCACCUUUGUGUGCUCCGGCACCUCGCCGUGCGCGGACAUCCUGCCCAAUUUCCCGGACACGCCCGAGUACUACAUGCUCAUUGCGAUCUCGACAGUGGGCAUUCCCGACGACACUUACUGCGGGCUCACCACCGAGUUUGUGCUCCGGGUCCACGGCAUUCCCAUGAACUUUUCGACCUCGAUCUCGUUUGUCUCGGCCUCGCUCCUCGCCGUCUUUAUCCCCAUGGUCAUCGUCUACUGUGUCAAGCGCCGGGCUGGCACCCUCGACGGCGACGGCGAUGGCGACGUCCACGCCAAACGCCGUGCCCUCGUCACUGGCGCCCGGCGCACCACUCCGCGGCCUCCGUCGCGUCGGGAUCUGUUUGGGUGAAAAGCCGUCGCACACCGGCCCGCUGUCACCCGCCAUCAUCAGCGUCUGCAUCAGCAUACACAAAGCCCAUUCUCCGGUACCGUCCGCCCCGUCCCGC